AUGGUGAUUUGUGACUGUCCGGACGACAUAAUCGAUCCGCAAAGUUUGGCGCUUCUCCCGGGCUCUGACCACCUCUCAAUCAGCUUCAAAAUUGGUUCAACCGAUUUUACUCCGAAGGAAAGGGUUAAAAUGGCACGAGGAAUCACAACAGAAAGCUCGACUGAAGAAGCCGAGGAGUCAGAGGAGAAUAAUUUCAAUCCAAAGGAUGUCAGCUUUGACGCGGAAUGGAAAUGUUUGGCACCACUUCAUGAGAUCAGUUUCAACGUUCAGCAUGCGGAAAAUGCUCGUCGUAAACUGAUUCUUGAUCGUUGGCGUUCGGCAGCCGCUCGAGCUGUUCGUCGUUGUGUUGAUCCUUGGCGAAAGUACAACAUCCACGAGAUGCCAAUUCUUCGUGCUCGGCGUUUUCGUUAUUCGGCUACUCGAAAAACAUGGCUUGAGGAUUUCGUGGAAAUCAAAAUGUGCCAUGAACCAUUUGCGAGAGGUGCCAUGAGAGAAUGUUUCCGAGUCAAGAAGCUCUCCAGUAUGGGAUACAAUCAAGGCUGGGAAAACGCUCACAACUAUGUGGCAAAACGUUAUAUUCAAGAAGUUGAUCGACAGGUCAUCUUCGACGACGUGAAGCUGCAAUUGGAUUGUAAGCUGUGGUCGGAGGAAUUCAACAGAAACAAUCCGCCAAAGAAGAUUGACAUUGUACAGAUGAAUGUUCUACAGAUUCUUGAUCUUCCUGGAGAACCGUUAUAUCAUCUGGAGCACUACAUUGAAGGUGACUAUGUGAAGUACAACUCAAAUUCGGGCUUUGUCUCCGAUUUGCAAAGAAAAACUCCGCAAGCGUUCUCUCAUUUUACUUUUGAGCGUUCUGGGCAUCAGAUGAUUGUGGUCGAUGUGCAAGGUGUCGGUGAUCUUUACACGGAUCCUCAAAUUCACACUGUCAAUGGGACCGAAUAUGGUGAUGGAAACUUGGGCACAAGGGGAAUGGCUCUUUUCUUCCACUCACACAUUUGCAAUGAUAUUUGCCAUAUGCUUUGUCUCACCGAGUUCGAUCUAUCCCAAAGUGAAAAGAACCAGAUUGCAGACGAAUCUUCCAAAGCGACCCCGAACAUGGAGCCAACACAUUUCGUGCGCAAACGCGAAAAGGAUCUCAAUAUCUGUCAACCUUUGUUGGAUGAUCUAACUCCUGAUGAUGCGAUGGAGUGUUUGAGACAAAGAAGUGACACUCUUCGACAACGUUCUCGAUCGAGAGCUUCAAGCAUAGCUUCGAGCACUUCUCCGUCAGCAAAAUCACAAGAACACGAUGAAGACUGCACUUGUGAGACUUGCAUUCAAGCAAUUUGCGCUGAUGCAGCAACGAUGGAUGAUGAAAGUGAUGAGGAAGAAGAGGAUUGUGGAUCAUCUGGAUACGAAUCGCAAGCUGUCGGAAGAAAAGUUGGAAGAGCCACUUUAUCUGUCGAGUCAGCCGAUCGAGUUCAUCGCCGGCGAACCAAUGACAGUAUGUGCAGCAGCUAUGGUGGAAGUUCACGAUUGACCGCGAAAACCGAACGAGAGGAGUUCUGGAUGAUGCAGCGAAAGAAAUCGAUGCCGGCUGGAGUGGUUGACAUUUUGCACAUGAAAAAACAGGAAGCUGCCGAAUUGCGUCAUAUCUCUAUUCUGGGACAGAUUCAUCUCGAUUUGGCAAGAUAUCACGAAAAUGGACGCUUUAUAAGGGAAGAGGAUGCUAAUCAAGAAAAGAAAAAGGUCUUCGAAGAGUUGACCAAAUCGGGGUCUUCAGUGUCUUCAGAUGACAGUGGUCAAGGAGGACAUGUCAGGUAUGACCGAGAAGCUGCUUUAUUUCAUUUGGAUGUUGCAAGACGAUGUGGAAACUCAGAGGCUAUCUUGACAAUUGCAAAGAUGUGCUAUCAUUUGCCUCACGAUCUACUCAAAGACAUUGGAGAUGAUAUUUAUUGGUUUGCAGAUACGGAAGAAGAACUUGACACCGACCCAGAAAAAUUCGCGUUUGAAUUGAUGUUGAGUGCCGCGGAAAUGGGUGAUCGAGGAGCGAUUCUGUUCGUUGCACAAUGCUACGAGACUGGGCAUAAAAUGGGGCGUGAUGCAACUAUUUCCUACCCGUUAUCGAUCUUCUGGCUUGAAAAGGGAAUGGGCUUUGCUGAUGAUGAAGAGGGGACCGAGCAACAUCGACCAAGACACGAAUCACUUGCGACAAUGGCUCGGCUUUAUCAAGAGGGAGGAUAUGGACUUGAACAAGACCUUUCUCGUGCCUAUGAGCUCUACACAGAAGCCGCAGAGUCUGCUGCAGAAAAUAUGAAGGGAAAACUAGCCAGCAAGUACUAUGAAUACGCGGAAAUGUGUGCUGAA